CGCAAAUUGUUCUCGUUCCCGUUCCCGUUUCAGUUUAUUCAUCCGAAUCCUUCGUUCUCCUAGGGUUCACUUCCCUUCGGUUCCUCUGAAACUUCAGCUUCAGCCAAUCUCUUCCUCGAUGGCGGGACCAUUUGCAUUCAGGAAUCUCGCUCCCAAGACAAAGAACCUGGUCGUCGCGGGCGGUCUGACGGCAUUCGUGUUUGGAGUGUACUUCUACACAAUGAGAGCUGUCGGCGGUACGGAUGAGCUCCAGACGGCCAUCAAUAAGCUUGAAGAGCAAAGAAGCAAGCAAGAAGCUUAGGCAGAGAAGUUGCCCAAUGCUCGAGACUGGACGCGGCUUUGACGGUGGCCAAACUAUAAUUUUGGAUUUCCUGGACUCCACAUGCGGCUUGCACGCUUUUUGAUUCUGUUAAUAUAUGCACACAUAGUGAUUGUCAAGUGCUGUGAUAGUUGAAUGGUCGAUCCCGAAUCAGGCAAUGCUGGUGUUAUGAGACGAUCUUGCAUUCAAUAUU